AUUAUAUUAUUUAUUAUAUACUACGUAUUUUUUAAUAGGAAAAGUGAUUUAACGUAACCAAAAAUAUUACAGAAAUUCCACUAUAUAUACAUAUAUAUAGUAAGUAAGUUGUUUUGUAACAAUAAGCUGCAAAAUUGAAACAAAGAAAAUGGAGGCUACUCGGAGUUUAUACAAUAAAGCAAAGCCAUUUUUGGCUGUAAUAUUUCUCCAAUUUGGUCUUGCAGGAAUGGAUAUCCUCUCCAAGGUUGCACUUAACCGUGGAAUGAGCAACUACGUUCUUGUCGUCUAUCGUCACGCCGUUGCUACUGUUGUUAUCGCCCCGUUUGCUCUUGUUUUCGACAAGAAAGUGAGGCCAAAGAUGACAUUAUCAAUUUUUAUCAAGUUAUUGCUACUAGGUCUACUUGAGCCAGUAAUAGACCAAAACUUGUAUUAUAUGGGAAUGAAGUACACAUCAGCAACAUUUGCAGCGACGAUGGUGAACAUUCUUCCAGGAAUAACGUUUCUAAUGGCAUGGAUAAUGAGGCUUGAAGUGGUGAAGUGUAGAAGCAUUCGUAGUCAAGCAAAGAUAGUAGGAACAAUAGCAACAAUAGGUGGGGCGAUGAUGAUGACACUAAUAAAAGGACCAGUUAUUACAUCUUGGUCAUCGAACAAUGAUAAUGGACAUGGUGAUGGGAUUAAACAACUUGAUAUUAGUGUUCAUGACGCUAUUAAAGGUUCCAUUAUGAUCACUAUUGGUUGCUUUAGUUGGGCUGCUUUUGUCAUUCUUCAGGCUAUAACUUUGAGGACGUACCCGGUGGAGCUAUCUCUUACGGCAUGGAUAUGUUUGCUAGGGACACUAGAGGGUACGGCAGUUGCCCUAGUUAUGGAGAAGGGAAGAUCCUCUGUUUGGGCAAUUGGUUGGGAUGCCAAUUUAUUGGCUGCUGUCUAUAGUGGUAUAUUUUGUUCAGGAUUAUUGUAUUUUAUUCAAGGAGUUGUAAUGAAAGUAAGAGGCCCCGUUUUCGUCACAGCUUUCAGUCCUCUGUGCAUGGUUAUCGUAGCUAUUUUGAGUGCAAUUUUUAUGGCAGAAAAGACCUAUCUUGGAAGGUCAAGUAUUAAGGGACGGCUCGAUAAGGAAAACAGGUCAAGUAUUCCGGGACGGAGGGAGUAUGAGUCAAUUUCUUGGUGUGUCUGUAUACGAUGAUCAAGUUUCCGUUGAGGAAGCCUUGGCCCUUGCCCAACACACUAUUUUUUAAAUUUCUUUUUUUUCGUGUGACAUAAAACACUCUAUUUUCAUAAGUAUCUUAACAACUCAAUUUUCUUGCCAAGUGGACCCUAAUUUGUGUGCUAUUUUGUGUGGGCCAUCUUGAUUCUUGUGUAUUGAGGUCAUUUCUUGUGGGGAACUAAUAAGAAAAUAGUUUGUUGUUCAAUAAAGAUUUUACUUUAAUUUUUGUAAUGUGACUCGAUCAUGAAUUGACUAGGAAAUGGGAGUGGUAAAUACAUGAAGGCAACUAAUUAAUUAAACAUAAAUUUAAUUAAAUUUGCAGGUUACUUGGUGCAAUUGUAAUUGUGGUAGGCUUAUACAUGGUGAUUUGGGGUAAAGGCAAAGAUUAUGACAUUCCUCCACCUCAUGAAGCCCAAAAAAUUGACACACAAAUUCAAUUACAAGAACAAGAGAAGGAUCCCAACAACAAUUUUCAAGGAUUGCAAAUUAAUCGAGAUCAUAUUCAUGUAUAGAGUUAAUUUUUUCGUACUAAUCAACAAAAAUAAUUGAGUAAUUAAAAUAAUAACCAACAUUAUUUUUGAUGAUUGAUGGAGGAGAUGGAGUCCAGUUUCAAUUUUAAAUUACAUAAGUUAUGUACGUAUAUAUGGUGUACAAGUGAUCCUAUGGUGUACAACUUGAUCACUUGUUUGUUGAUUUUAAUUUGUACGUACAUUCUGCUAGUUGAGUUUUAAAAAUGAAACAUGGAUAUAUCGUCUAAUAAUUUCACGUACUCUGUAUUAGAAUACUAACCUUGUGUUAAUGAAAAAUCGACUUUGUUCAUGGAUAGACCAAUAUCUCUCA